UCUCUAGAACUUCUCGAAAAAGUCAGUUUGCUAUAAUCAAUGUGAAAAUGGUAUUGGUCUGACUGACUGUCAGCCGCUGCACGAGAUCCCUCAUUCGUCUUCAGCUUGUUAGGAAGCCCCCCUUACUCGCGUCUGUGAACCUGACUGUGUGUGAAAGAGAGAGAGAGAGAGAGUGAGAUGAAGUCUGUUGACGCACACCGACCAGCUUUUCCUUGCUCAGUUAUUAGUCUAGUUUUUUUACGCCCUCUGCUUUAAUAUAGUGAUCUGAUAUGGGACCGCGUGUCACUGUCACCGUUCCGCUGUCAUGUUCGUUACCGGCAGAAUGUUGAGCAACACCGGUGGAGUCGCGAGGGAAUUCCUAAUGUGGAGCGCUAUCUGGAUCACAGACAACUGACCCCAAAACAAGGAACAUGAGACGCGGUAAAGUUCCCAUACCGAUACUGGAUGUACUAUCGGCUAUUCUGCUGCUCAUGCACCUGUCUGAAAUGGCAACCAGGGCUGCAGCAAUGGUGUCCAGCAGGGUGUCAGUAGAAAGCAGUUGUCCUCUGGGCCAGUUUCCCUGUGGUAAUGUGACAGUGUGUCUACACCAGGCUCUACAGUGUAAUGGACAUAGAGACUGUCCCAAUGGAGCCGACGAGGACAACUGUGGAGACAACAGUGGAUGGGCGGACAUCUUUGAUCGAACCAUCAGGAAGGUCGAACCACAGGUCCUACCGUUACCAGAAGACUGCUUCUUGCAGCAGUACCCACAGCGUUGUGACUGUAUCAAGACAGAGCUGGAGUGUGUGGAAGUCAACCUACAUGACGUUCCUCAAGUCUCCACCAAUGUCACCUGGCUGUCUCUGAAGAGUAACGAGAUAAAGAGACUGUCGGACAACAUCUUCUCCAAAUACACACACCUGCAGAGACUGUUCUUACAGAAUAACAGCAUCCAGACAAUCUCCACUCAAGCCUUCAGUGGACUCUACAAACUGGAGAGACUGUUUCUCAGUGAGAACUCCAUCUCAUCUCUCAGCCCGGGUGUGUUCAGUGAUCUCCGUAAUUUAUGGUGGUUGGUGUUGGAUCACAACCCCCUGAACAGUGUUUCCCAAGACACUUUCACCGGCCUCACCUCCCUCAUGUUCCUCUCCAUGGUUAAUACAUCUCUGGUGCAGCUCCCCCAGCCCAGCCUCUGUCACCACACACCUAACCUCAGCUGGGUGGAUUUUGAGGGUAACCAGGUCUUAACCAUUAGCUACUCUACUCUGAUGACCUGCAGCCACCUCACAGUACUGCUCCUAAUGGACAACAAGAUCACAACUCUUCCUGAAAACACUUUUCAGUCUCUAGUGGUUCUAGAAGAACUAGACCUGUCAGACAACCGGAUUACUGAGCUCCCCAACAACACCUUUAAGAGCCUAAAGUCUCUCGUCAAACUGAACAUAUCCCAUAAUCCUCUGUUCCACAUCCACCCGGGUCACUUUGAUCACCUGACCCAGCUCCAGUCCCUAGGUCUGGAGGGUAUUGAGAUUCCAGACAUCCAGACGAAGAUGUUUGUACCCAUGGGAAACCUCUCACACAUCUACUUCAAGACAUUCCAGUACUGUUCCUAUGCGCCCCAUGUGAGAACGUGUAAGCCCAACACAGACGGUAUCUCUUCCUUCGAGGACCUGUUAGCUAACGUGGUGCUCAGGGUCUCUGUGUGGGUCAUGGCCUUCAUCACAUGUUUCGGGAACCUCUUCGUCAUCGGGAUGAGGUCUCUGAUCAGGGCAGAGAACAACUUGCACGCCGCCUGCAUCAAAGUCCUCUGCUGUGCAGACUGUCUGAUGGGUGUGUACCUGUUCUUUGUCGGUGUGUUUGACGUGAAGUUCCGAGGGGAGUACAAUCGGAACGCUCUCCUGUGGAUGGAGAGUGUGGAAUGUCGAACCAUCGGAUUCCUGGCUAUGCUCUCCUCAGAGGUAUCAGUUCUGCUGCUGACCUACCUGACUAUGGAGAAGUUCCUGGUCAUAGUGUUUCCCUUCAGCCACCUGAGACCUGGUAAACUACAGACUGUGGUGGUGCUAGUGUCUAUCUGGGUGCUGGGGUUCAUCAUCGCUGUGGUUCCCUUGCUGAACGACGAUCUGUUUGGGAACUACUAUGGUCGUAAUGGGGUCUGCUUCCCCCUACACUCUGACAGACAGGAGAAACCCACUGCUAAAGGAUACUCUAUCGGAAUAUUCCUUGGUCUGAACCUGGUAGCCUUCCUGGUGAUCGUGUUCUCCUACUCCUCCAUGUUCUACUCUAUCUAUAAGACUGGAAUCAAUGCUACAGACCUGAGGAGCAGGCUACACAGAGAUGUGGCUGUAGCUAACAGGUUCUUCUUCAUCGUCUUCUCUGACGCCCUCUGCUGGAUCCCCAUCUUCCUGGUCAAGAUACUGUCCCUGCUGCAGGUCGAGAUACCAGGUACCAUCUCAUCCUGGGUGGUGAUCUUUAUAUUACCCAUCAACAGUGCCCUGAACCCUAUCCUCUACACCCUGACUACCAGCUUCUUCAGAGAACAGGUGGAGUUGCUGCUGUGUCGCUGGCAGAGACGGUCGACCAUGAAGAAGAACAGGAAGAGCCUGACCUCCUCUAUCAUACAUGGAGGCCUCACGGAAUACAUCCUAUCACCCCCCAGUCUACCUACUGACAUGGACCCUCGCUAUGGGUGAGGGAAGGAGGGAUAGACAUACUACCACCUCCCUUCAUAUCUGCCCAGAAUUUAAUUGGAUCCUGACUGUGGGUAGAAAGGGGGAGAGUGGAGUAAAGAGGAAGGACAGUAUUCAUUUUACUACCCCCUGAAUCCCACUGACUGAGAUAUGAAGGCAUCUCUCCACCUGGGGAAGGAGAGGGGAUAUUUGACUGAUCUAUUGCUCCUCUCUCCACACCUCCCUGCAGCUCCAGCCAGAGGACUGGAGGACUACUGCUUAAUGAACCAUUCAUUUAAUACCAUUAAGACCAGGGCUGCCCUGGAGAGGGCUGUUUCAGACUAUUACUGCUGCAAAUUGAUUGCUCUUUAGGGACAAUAUUGAUUUGUGCUCCAAGCUCUUCACUGGACAGUAUGGGAGAAAUUCACCUCACCCACCUCAUCCACUACAGUACUUACUAUGUCGCAGGGUUGGAGCCAAUUCGAAUUGAAGGUAAAUGGAAAAACUUUAGAAAUAAACAGCUUUCACUUAUAGUUUCUUGAGAAGCAAUUUCAAAUAGUGGGUCUUUUCGAAUGCCUUCAAUUUGAAUUGACCCCAACCAUGCUAUGUAGCGCCGAUAAAUGCUGGGACUGGGAGGAUGUAGGACCUGUUUACAUAUGGACUCCUUAUCAACAAACCUCUUUGUUUGUUUGUUUGCUUGUACAUAAACAACUGAACUGUGUGAUUGUUUAAUAAUCUAGCUCCCUUUGGUUGUGUGUGUGUCACAAAUGGCCCUUUGUUCCCUGUGUAGUACACUUCUUUUGGCCAUGUUGGGACGUGGACUUUCUUCUUUGUGGAGUCUGUUAAUCUAACAUGAAGAGAAGACUCUUACCCGUGGUCACAUGUCUGUGUACUGUACAUGCCCACUGGGCACAAACUGGUUGAAUCUAUGUUGUUGUUGUUUUUCAACAUAAUUUGUCAACGUAUUGCGAUGUGGAAUCUACGUAUAAAAAUACAUUGAAUUUGCAAAAAGUCAUUAACUGUUGUUUUGAGGUGGAAUUUCAAUCACAUGAUUACGUCAUCAUUGUAACACAUAUUCAACAUAAACAAACCUUGUAAAAUAUGUUACAUUUCUACCUUUGGGAAAAUGUCAGAUCUUUAACGUUAUAUUCACUAGCAGACAGAAAAGCAAUGGGUCAGGCAGCACCUCCUACUGGAGAGUUGGUCUGUCUACAGCUAUCCCUUCGGUCUCCCAUCCAGGGUUUUAAACAAGCCCAUGUGCUAUCGUGAGAAUCAGGGGCGCAACUUUGGUUUUAGAAGUGGGGGGAGGCAUAAUUAUUAAUAAUUAUUUUUCUUUUUUAAAUAUUUUUUAAAAAAUCAUGAGAAACACUCCAAACAGCCUACCCGACCACUUGGAGGCGUCCGCAUGGUCCUAAAGCAAACCGUUGCCUUGUUUUGUAUCACAUUCCAAUUAUAAAAUUGGCCAGGACAAAAAUGCAAUUUCAGAACGUGGGGGGGGACGACGACGACGACAUGUCCCGAAAGUUACUCCCCUGGUGAGAAUGAUUGAGAGCUCUCCAAUUUAAAACAAAAUACAUUCACUGUUGCUAUGGAAGUCAUUUCAAAGGGUAGGUUUAACAGAGCAAAUUAAACACUGUAGAAUAAUACUUUAUAAGUCAUACAUCAUCAAUGAGACUAUUUAGGCCUAUAUAGUAUUUGCAAAGUUCCAGGUGGAACCCUUUUGGGUUCCAAUGUAGAACCCUUUCCUGAAGAGUUCUACCUGGAACCAAAACGGGUUCUACCAGAAACCAAAAAGGGUUCUCCUAUGGGAACAGCAGCAGAACCCUUUUGGAACCCUUUUUUCAAAUUUAAUUUAAAAGUUUCAUGAAUAUAUUGGAUUCAUGUCUCCAUCUCAACCAAAAACUCUAAGUUAAAUGAAUAUUACUUUAUUUAAAAUGUGUUUGAUUUAGUCCUAUUCUUUAACUUAGAUUUUUUGGUUGAGAUGGAGGGCCUGAAUCCAAACUGGAAUUAAAACCAAAACGAAUGCCCAGAUUCAAUCAGAUCGAGCGUUAACCAUCGUUGGCCGACAUCCCCACAGCAGAUGUUUUGACGGUGUUGGACCUGUAUCUACAGUAUGAGCUGAUACAUACUGUAGGUGAGUGGCUGCUUUUGUGUGUCACAAACCACUCCCUUCCUUAGAAGUAUUAAGUGUAGUCUGUAUCAAUGUUAGAAAUAACUCUCAAGUGUCAAACUGUUGAUGUCAAACCAGUGAGCCGUUCGCAGUUUCACUGUACCGGCCCUGUGUACUUAGACUUGCAUGGCUUAAUCUUUGAGACAAACAUAUGUUAGGCUAAUGCAUGUUUAAAUGUUCAUUUAGAUGAGCGGAUUUAUAGCCUAUCAGUCGAAUUCAAGUUUUUGGAACUUGUAAUGAGGCUGUGUUGGAUUUGUCGGUUUAUAGUCGGGUGUGGUUUCAUUGCAUGCAGUGUCUAUGAUAAGGUAAGGCAACGAGCCACUUGUGGAUUUGACAGCUCUAACGCAGUUCCACCUCCGACACCUCCAUACAACAACCACUAUGCGGAUGUUAUUGAAUCCAUCGCUUAGUAAAUCGCACAGAUUAAACUAUCCAAGAAGAAGAUCAUCUCCUUCAAAUGUGGAUGGAUAUUUGGUUACGUUUUCAACCAAACAGAAUUCAAUAUGACUUUUGUAAUACAGUAAAUAGCCUAAAGUGAAGGUUAUUUGACAAACUAAUGUAUACAUCCAUGGCCAUAUUUUGAGGUUACUGUAGCUUUAAAUGUCUUUAUAUAAUCAAAGCAUGCAUGUUCAAGAUGGCGUGCAAAGGUCACAGGUCGGUGGAGAUCUUCACUAUAACUGUAAUAAUCUGUGCAGAAUCUCCAACAGCGUUGAUCUCUUGCACCAUGUACUUUUUAAAUGUAAUCUCAACUGUAAUCUAGUUAUUUUGGUUCUGCUGUAAGAUAAAACAAAGUGAGAACACAUUACAUUGUUGUAUAAAUAAACCAAAUAUCUGGCAUUGUAUUCCCAUUUGAA